CACACAAACAAUCCACGUGUCGCAUUCUUAGCCCACAAGAGACGCCGGCAGCCAAAGGCCAGCCGACGACGCAGAAUAUGUAGCGUGCACCCCCCUCAAUCCCAACGCAUGUCAAAUUAUUGUGUCCCUCUCAAUCUCUCUCCUCCUGAGUUUGAUUUUCUCUCCAGGACGCCUUUUCUCUAGGAUUUGCUUGUUCAUCCAUCAAUUUCCAGCUCAAUUCUCGCCCUCUUUUGCGCACCUUUAUUGCCCUAACUCCUAACCCUUCACCUUCCGAUUCACUGCUGGAAAAUUUUCCCCAAUACCCUCAAUUCCGCAAACCCAAUUCCAAGGGUUUUCACGGAUCAUAUCUCUCCCUCAACAUACAUAUUUAUUGGGAGAUUGAAAUUUUAUUAUAUAGUUUGUUUGAGAAUUGCUAGGGGAUUUGAGAGAUAUGAGUUUUCAAGAUCUUGAAUCGGGUCGCCCCUUGGUUUCAAGGCGAGAUUACAUCAAUGGAAAACAAGACCCAACACAAGCCGUGGCUUCGGGAAUUUUUCAGAUCAACACAGCCGUCUCGACGUUUCAGAGGCUUGUGAAUACCCUUGGAACGCCCAAGGACACGCCUGAGCUCCGAGAGAAGCUGCACAAGACAAGGCUACAUAUUGGGCAACUGGUGAAGGAUACUUCAGCUAAACUUAAGCAAGCUAGUGAGGCAGAUCAUCGUGUUGAAGUUAGCGCCAACAAGAAAAUUACAGAUGCUAAACUAGCAAAAGAUUUUCAAGCAGUUUUAAAAGAGUUUCAAAAGGCUCAGCGGCUUGCAGCUGAGAGAGAAACAGCAUAUACUCCCUUUGUCCCUCAAGCAGUGCUUCCUUCCAGCUACACAGCCAGUGAGAUUGAUGUAGCUUCAGAUAAGAACCCUGAACAGCGUGCUCUUCUUGUGGAAUCUAGAAGACAAGAGGUUUUGCUCUUGGAUAAUGAGAUUGUCUUUAACGAGGCUAUUAUCGAGGAAAGGGAGCAGGGGAUACAAGAAAUCCAGCAACAAAUUGGUGAGGUGAAUGAGAUUUUCAAAGAUCUUGCAGUGCUGGUUCACGAGCAAGGAGCUAUGAUUGGUAAUUCACGGCCUUAUUCUCUGGGACCUCUACAUAUUUUAUAUUGCCUACUUCACAUUAACUGGGUAAAAAACUGA